CUACACACUUUACUGUUUGUAGCUGAUUGCAAUUUGCAAGCCCAUUGUCUUAUCGCCAACCACACUGAUACCUCCAUCCAUCCUUUUCCUUCUAGUAACAUUUUCUUGAUUGGCCAUUAUAUUACGCAACCCAGCUUACUCGAUCCAGAAACACCGCAACAUUAGUGACCACUUUAUCUGCAAAGAAUUCCGUUUUUGCUGUUGUCAUCUGGCAUAGUUUCCACGCCCUUUACGGAGGGCAGGUGGCCGUGUAAAUACUUGAAAGUCUCAAACCGACCAUUGCAGUGAAAACCCAGAUUGGAGAAUUAUCAAGAAUUGCUAGUGAGAAGUGAUUCUUUGAUGGGAGAGGGGUGUGGGUAUUUUGCCACUGGGUUUCUUGGGCUUGCUUUGUAAGAGAUCUGUCAUUGGGUUGUAAAAAGGGGAAGAGACAUGGUGCUGGGGUUUCUGAGAUCUGGGGUCUAAGGAUUGCUCUUUGAAUCUUCUCUUUGCAAGGGUAUUUUUGACAUACAAGCAGAUGGCUUCUGAUCUAAACAAGGGAUUAUCCAAAGAAACGGACGUCGGCCUUCAAGUUUGGGAACUAAUUGGGAUUAUCAUUGGCUUGUUAAUUGUAGUUAUUCUCUUAGCAUUGACCUUUUAUCUCACUUUAAGAAAGAAGUCUAGAAGACCCAAAGACAAUCUUCCCCUUUGUCAAAUUCCUACUGUUUCUAAAGAAAUCAAGGAAGUUCGGGUGGCGCAUGGAUCAACAAACGAAUUUUCUUCCCACAAUGGGAUUCUUCUUACUAUUCAAGAUAAUUCUGGCAAUAAAGAUUCAGACAAGGUUUUGGUUAAUCUUGGGGUGGGGAGAACAAAGAAUGGAGUUAGUAAUAUUUAUAAUGAUAGUCUUUCGGGUUCUUUUCAUCUGCCUGAAAAGGAUUUUUGUGGGUCCCAUUCGGGAGAAGACGGGAGUUCUGGCAAAUUUUCCGGUUAUAAACCUUAUUCAUCUCGUCCAAUUGCUGCACCUUCUCCAUUAAAUGGUUUGCCUGAGUUUUCCCAUCUGGGGUGGGGCCACUGGUUUACGUUAAGGGAUCUUGAACUUGCCACGAAUCGCUUUUCCAAGGAGAAUGUUCUUGGUGAGGGUGGAUAUGGUGUUGUUUAUCACGGGCAGCUGAUCAAUGGAACUGAAGUAGCUAUUAAAAAGCUCCUCAAUAACCUGUGUGUGCCUUUUGCUCAAUUUUGUAUUUGUAUUUUUGUUGCAGAAAUUUCUCAACUUUUGGUCACACAUUAUUUAAUCAUUCCCAUUUUUGGUCACUGACUUCCAAUUUUUUCAUUUUCGUGCAUGAAUAUGGAUACUUUGCUACUUUUGGUCAUCCACAAUCGCUUACCCGAUGGUAAGUGGUCACGACGACCGGUAGUGACAAGAAAUACCCUAUAAUGCAUCAAAAGUGGAAUCAAUGAAAGUUGGUGACCAAAAGGGGCAAUAUCAUAUUGUUUCAUUCUCUCUACAUAUGAUUUUAGAAGUUCCUGUAAUGCAGAGGUCAAGCGGAAAGAGAAUUUAGAGUGGAGGUUGAAGCAAUCGGCCAUGUGCGCCACAAAAAUUUGGUUCGUCUUUUGGGAUAUUGCAUUGAAGGAACACAUAGGAUUCUGGUGUAUGAGUAUGUAAACAAUGGAAACUUAGAGCAAUGGCUUCACGGAGCUAUGCACCAGCAUGGGUAUCUAACAUGGGAGGCAAGGAUGAAGAUUCUCCUUGGCACGGCAAAGGCUCUUGCCUACUUGCAUGAGAACAUUGAGCCGAAGGUGGUUCAUCGGGACAUCAAGUCAAGCAAUAUACUUAUAGAUGGUGAAUUCAACCCCAAGGUCUCUGAUUUUGGCCUUGCUAAGUUGCUGGGAGCCGGUAAAAGUCACAUCACGACUAGAGUCAUGGGUACCUUUGGAUAUGUGGCUCCUGAAUAUGCAAAUACUGGUCUCUUGAAUGAAAAGAGUGACGUUUAUAGCUUUGGGGUGGUGCUGUUAGAAGCAAUCACUGGACGGGACCCAGUCGACUAUGGACGUCCUCCUCAAGAGGUGAAUCUUGUGGACUGGUUGAAAAUGAUGGUUGGAAACCGACGGUCGGAGGAGGUUGUGGAUCCAAAUAUUCGUUCACGGCCAUCAACCCGAGCUCUCAAGCGGACCCUUUUGACCGCUUUGAGAUGUGUGGAUCCGGAUUCCGAGAAGAGGCCCAAGAUGAGCCAAGUUACACGUAUGCUUGAAUCCGAGGAAUACCCCAUCCCAAGAGAGGACCGAAGGCAACGAAGGAUUCGAGGCACAGAGAGUGAAUCCCAUAUGGAGAACUAUGACAAGAGUGACAACCCGGAUUCACGAUCAGAGAGCAAAAGGAUUGGCGAAGCAUGACUCCCCCCGCCAUUUUGGACAGGCUACUUUGCACAGUACUUUUCGAGAUAAAUAAUACACGCUCUGCAGUAUUGAUGAUAAUAAUAAUAAGAAUAAAUAUUACUCUAUAAGUAAUAAUAAUAAUAGUAGUAGUUGUAGUAGUAGUAAAAAUGGUGUAUUGAUUCAUUUGUAUAAGGUUGGUAGUAUAUAAUAUAGAGAGAGGAAUGGUGAAGAAUAUGCACUCUUAUUUUCCACAUUGAGGUGUUUUGUGUUCUUGUCAUCAAUUAGCCAUAAUGUGACUGAAUUUGAAUUCCUUGGGAAUUAAUGAGAAAAAUUAUG